GAUUGUUACCUUGUGCCAUUUGUUCACAAACUUCUAGAAAAACUGCCCGUGUGGAAAGUGUUUAGUCAUGUGACCAUCGCCAGUUGUACAACUACCUAUCACGUGAUUCGUACUCAUUUGUCCAGACGUAUCCCACCACAAGCCAAGACACCGGUUAAAGUCUACUCUUCGCAGUUUGUUCACCAAACGACAGUGACAGUCAUCAUGGCACACCUGAAAUCAUGUAUGCGACUUUUGGCACAAACUUCUAGAACGUGCCAGUCAGCUAGAAGAAGUCUGAGUUCUAAGGCCGGCCAGAGCGUGUACAGAUCAACCAGACCAUUACUACUAGGGGCUAUAACUCUUGGUACUGGAUAUGGUGUCUAUAAAUAUACCAAUAAAGAUGAAAGUCCACUGGAAACAGUCAUGAAAGUUUUACCAAGUAGUGUGUCUGCUGCUGGUCCUCCAGAAAGUCAACCUUCAGUUUAUUCUGAUGGUAAAAACCAUGCCUUGUAUCUGUGGAUAAAUUUGAAACCAACAGCUAAUUCAAAUGAAGUAGCCAAGUCUGUGGCCAAGUUACAGAAAUAUGUUGAUCAAGUAACAGAUCCUAAACUCAAGGAUGAGGAGGAUGAGAUUCUAGCUGGAGUUGGUUUUGGACCCAACUUUUAUGCACAGGUGGCAGGUAAAACAAAGAAAGGCUACACCUACCCACAUCGUAAAGGUGCAUUAGGUGAUAUGCCAAGCUCAGGUGGCGAUGUUUUCAUCCAUGCUAAAUGUAACACACCCAGCAAGUUGUUUGAAUUAGCCCAACUUAUUACCAGGAAUUUACCAAAAGACAGUAUUCAAGACUUCGAAGAUGUUUACAGUUUUGUUUAUCAAAACGGCCGAGAUAUGUCUGGAUUUAUUGAUGGAACUGAAAAUCGUGCUGAUGAAGAAGGUCGACAAGAAGUUGCAGUAGAAAAAGAAACGGGUGGAAGCUAUGUUAUUACACAGAAAUGGUUACAUCAACAUGAUGUUAUUAACAGUGAAAAGGGUAUGUCAACAUUUUUAAAGAUUUAUUCUAAUAAUUUUAUAAUUUAG